CCGGUACUUGUUAGUUGGCAUUUCAGAGUGAAACACUGACUCACUCGCUGGCAAAAUGGCAAGUCUGUUGACCGUCGUGGCCAUGCUGGCUGUGUUGUCCGGUGGGUUAUGUGUGGAGAAAGUGUUUUUGCAGCGAGCUGGUGUGGCCUUUAACAGCAGACGCUACAGAUCUAUGCUUACCGUGAGCAACGGAGAGCAGUUUGGAAACUGGACCUGGCCUGAGAUGUGCCCGGAUAAGUUCUUUGCUGUUGGCUUCAGUAUCAGGGUGGAGUCCAACCAGUACGGGGCCGAUGACACUGCCCUGAACGGGAUCCGCCUCAUUUGCGCCAAAGACGGGGACCGAAGCUUCCUGUACUCUAUUGAAUCCCACACCGGCCACUUUGGUGAAUGGUCCCACCCCAUGUACUGCCCCAGCGGUGUGCUCACCUCUUUCCAGAUGCGCGUGGAGCCCCAUCAGGGUCUCUUCGGUGACGACACGGCCGCGAACAACAUCAGAUUCCGCUGCAGCAGCAACCCGACGCUGGAGGGACCUGGCAUGGACUGGGGAGAGUAUGGCUACUGGAGCCAGCAGUGUCUCAACGGAGGAAUCUGCGGCAUCGAGACCAAGAUGGAGGAGUACCAGUACGGCCUUGAUGACACCAGCCUUAAUGAUGUGCGCUUCCAUUGCUGUGACAAGCCUCAGCCGUGAUUGGCAGGUGAACAUCGAGCAGUUUGAUCCAGCCCGUCUCCACCACUCUCUGAACAAAGACGACCAAUAAUAAAAAGCUCAUUUAAGCUGC